UUAUAAGUCGUCAGCCUGCCCAUUGAUGAUCUUCUCACCGAUCUAUCUCUUUCAAUUCUACCAUCUCUUAAGGCAUAGUUAUCAUCUUGCAUCCCUACUCUCAUAUUUCACAAAAGCAACUCUCAAUUGAUCCAGAAACCCUCAAUCGAAGCCUACAGUUUACUACCUCAUACCCUUACAAUGUGCCGCUGGUUUGCAUACAUCGCUCCAUCUGAGGAAUGUCUCCUCGAAGAUGUCCUCAUAGCCCCAGCCCACGCAAUCUCCAAACAAGUAAACCACCACUACCUCCCCUUCCUCCUCUCCCACGACCCCAAAGUCCACGCCGGCACCACCACCCAAGCCGAAGUAAGCCAGCGCAACGCCCUGUUCAACGUCGACGGCUUCGGCAUGUCCUGGUACACCCCCACCAAAUCGGAAUUCACCCCCUCCGCCCCCGGCUCCAGCAGCACCACCGGCCCAAUCCUGCACCCUGCAGUCUACAAAAUCACCCACCCAGCCUUGCACACCACGAACUUCCAAACCAUCUGCGCCGCCACCUCAAGCACCUGCGUUAUGGCCCACAUCCGCGCUGCCUCCACCGGCGUCAUUGCGGAGGUGAACACGCACCCUUUCGUCUUCGGGAGACACACGAUAAUGCACAAUGGGUAUAUCUCCUCCUACCCCGCCAUCGCGCGCCAGAUGGCCGGCCUAAUGUCCGAGGAGGCACACACCCACAUCACAGGGCGCACCGACUCCGAAGCCCUCGCCGCGCUGUACAUGACGUACCUCACCUCCGGCGCUGGUCACGGGACCGGGACAGACGCGUGGGAGAUGGCGUAUACUCCCAAGGAGAUGAUGGCUGCGCUGCAGAAUACGAUUAGUACGAUUAUCGAACUGCAGCGAACACUAGGGGAGGAGGUGGAGCCGAAUGACCUCAACGUCUGUGUAUCCGACGGACGGCAGUUAGUGGCUAGUCGGUUCAGGAACCACGCGACGCAGCAGCCGCCGAGUUUGUAUCACAGUGCAUCGGCGGGUGUGACGCUGAAUCGGAAGUACCCCGAUGAGGCGGAUGGGGCGGGCGGGAGAUGGGGGGAGGCGAAGGGGGAGAUGGGGACGCAUGGGAUUAAGGCUGAGGGGAGGAACCCGAGGGCGCAUAAGGGGGUGGGGGAGCAUGGGAGGCAUGUGAUUGUGGCGAGUGAGCCGACGACGUAUAAGAAGUGUGAGUGGGAGCUGAUUGAGAAGAAUCGAGCUAUUGUGGUGAAUGAAAAGGGGGGGGUGGAGUUUGUGGAUGUGACGUAUGCGGGGCAGGAGGUGUAG